AAUAUUCACGUUACUUACAUGCACAUCUUGACUUGCCGGUGACGGAGUAUAACAUAGACCUUGACCUUCCUGGAAAUUUCAAGGAUCACUGGGCCAAGAAUCUUCCCUUCCUUAUAGAAGACUAUGAAGAACAACCAGGAUUACAGCCUCACAUAAAGGAUGUUCUACCUCAGAACUUUGAAAGCUACAACAUAGAGGUCCAGGAGCUAAUUUGCACUGCAGAUCGCUUGGGUUCUCUUAUGCAAUAUGACACACCUGGCUUUCUUCCAAACAGAAGGAUACACAGAGCUAUGGGGCUUGCAACAUUAGAAAUUAUGCAAGUUGUACAACGAGCAUGGUCAAAUUCAAAAAUUCGUGUGAGUGGCAAAACCAGACUAAUGCAGUGGAAGGACAUGUUUGAUAUUGCUGUGAAAUGGAGAAGAAUUGCAGAUCCUGAUCAACCAGUGCUAUGGUUAGACCAGAUGCCAGCUCAGAGUUUGAGCCGAGGCUUCAAUAAUCAUAUAAACCUCAUCAGGUAAAUCUUAACUUUGAUAAACAACUAAAAUCAAUUGCUUCAAGUCAUGGAAGUUUUGCACUGUGUUUGAUAAUUGCUAAUUCACUUUAUUUUUUCUGUCACCUAUUUUGGUUUUAUUUUCCAAAUGAAAAUUGAAUUCCUCACCCUGAUCUCAUUCUCACCUACAUCUGGCAUGUAAAGUUAAAGCAAAGACCACUUGGUUUAACAAUAAAAAGGUUUCCCAUUCGUAGAGAUCUUGUGGAAAAAUAUCUUGCAUUGAUAUAGUACCAUUCAUCACCUUAGGAUAUGCCAAAAUGUUUCACAGCCAAUUAAAUAUUUUGGAGUGUAUUCAUUGAUACAGUACUGGGAAGGUGUUGUCAAUCUGAGCACUGCAGGUUUCCAAAACAGCAGUGAAACAAGUGACCAGACUGUUCGUGAUAUUCAUUAAAGGGGAGCUGCUCAGCACUUUUACAUUCUCCUGACAAAGCAGCUGGAAUCUCUGCUUACCAUCACAUCCAAAGGGUACCACCUUCAACAAUGGAAGAGCCUCUGGAUCAGGGCUUGACCCCUCAAUUCUCUGACUCAAAUGAGACUGCUCCCAUUGAGCCAAGGUCAGUGCUUCAUCCGGAGUUUACCCUAGGGAAGUGCCAUUUUUUUCCAGUCAUGUUUCACUUAGUGAAUUUCAGGACUCUAGAAUAUUCCUCUGAGGUCUGCGCAAGAGGAGAAAGAAAUUUUCGGAAUGCAGUUGACAAUGGGAACAAAUGAAGUAAACGUACAACUUGUUGUGAGUGUGGAGAGAUGUUAAUUGUUGAAACUUUACAUGCUGCAGCUCUCUGUGGGCUUGAAAAUGGGCUGACUUGUGAUAUAUUUACCUUCUCUCCCACUUUAUACCUUAAUUUAUUAAUCUUGUGUGCUUGUGUUGGAGGAGCUGGUGGAACGAGGGUGGGUGGAUGUGUUAUUGUUCAUGGAAAAGAAACAUUGAAGUGCUGUUCUUUUGAGCAAUCUGUUGCUGUAGCUUCUGUGUUCACUAAAAGAAAAUCUCCUGACUCUGACAUUUGGGUCACGUACACACCACAGUUAUGACCCUUAGAUAACAAGGUGUAGAGCUGGAUCAACACA